AUGCCUUUAAACUCUCCAUCGGACCCUUCCAUCCGAACCCUCAUCAACUGUUGCAAAACUAUCCGUCACCUUUACCAGCUCCACGCCCGUAUAAUCCGUAAAGGCCUCGAGCAAGAUCACUUUAUUGUCUCUCAUUUACUAUCCCACUCCUCUUCUAUUUCCUACUCCGCUUCUAUUUUUGACCGCGUAAUCAGUCCCUCUACUAUUCUCUAUAAUAUACUUGUCAAAAUCUACGCUCAUAACUAUCAUUUUCAAGAGACAAUAUCUUUAUUUAUCCACAUGAAACGGAGUAGUGAACACUCAUGGCCUGACAAGUACACUUAUCCUUCGCUUAUUAGGGUAUUUUCUAGUGAGUUUAGAUUAAAAGAAGGUGGAAUUGUUCAUGGGUCUGCGAUAAGAUGUGGUGUUAGUGAUGAUGUGUAUGUUGGGUCUAGUUUGGUUGAUUUUUAUGGUAAAUGUAAGGAGAUAUUGUCUGCUCGUAAGAUGUUUGAUGAAAUGACUCAGAAAAAUGUGGUUUCGUGGACGGCUAUGGUUGUUGGGUAUUUGAAUGUUGGGGAUUUGGGUAAUGCGGAGAGGUUGUUUGAUCAAAUGCCUGAAAGGAAUCUAAAGUCUUGGAAUGCUAUGAUUGAUGGUUGGGUCAAAGCAGGGGAUUUGCUUCUUGCUAGGAAGGUGUUUGAUGAAAUGCCUGAGAGGAAUGUUGUUUCAUUUACGGUUAUGAUUGAUGGGUAUGCCAAGGCUGGGGAUAUGACAACUGCAAGGGAUUUGUUUGAGAGAGCUCCGAAGAGAGAUGUGAUUGCAUGGUCAGCGUUGAUUUCAGGUUAUGCUCAGAAUGGGCAGCCUAAUGAGGCUGUGCGGAUAUUUCUUGAAAUGGAGUCAAAGAAUGUUAAGCCUGAUGAAUAUAUAAUGGUAAGUUUAAUGUCUGCUUGUUCUCAAUUGGGUAGCUUGGAUUUAGCUAGAUGGGCUGAUUGUUAUUUGAGCAAAAGCUCAAUUGAUAUUGGUCAAACCCAUGUUAUUGCUGCUUUAAUUGACAUGAACGCGAAGUGUGGGAAUAUGGAAAGAGCAAAAAAGUUGUUUGAAGAGAUGCCUAAACGCGACCUAAUUACAUAUUGUUCUAUGAUACAAGGAUUGUCGAUUCAUGGGUGCGCUGAGCAGGCUGUUGGGUUAUUCAAUAGAAUGUUAAAUGAGAGCUUAAUUCCAGAUGAGGCUGCAUUUACUGUUGUAUUGACAGCAUGUAGCCGGGGAGGUCUUGUUGACGAGGGUAGGCACUACUUUGAAACCAUGAAAAGUAAGUAUUUUAUGCUUCCCUCUCCUGACCAUUAUGCAUGUAUUAUUGAUCUUCUUAGUCGAUCAGGACAACUUAAGGAAGCUUAUGAACUUCUAAAGUUGAUGCCCGUGGAGCCUCCUGCAAGUGCUUGGGGUGCACUUCUUGGGGCCUGUAAGCUAUAUGGUGAGGUUGAAUUAGGAGAGGUUGUUGCUAAUCGCUUAUUUGAGCUUGAACCCGAAAAUUCUGGUCCUUAUGUGCUCUUGUCCAGCAUCUAUGCUGGAGCUGAUCAAUGGGGGGAUGUCUCCCUUGUUAGGGAGAAAAUGAAGGAGAGUGGGGUUAGGAAAAUACCCGGUCGCAGCUGGAUAUAGCAUCAGAGGUAUGUUCAUUUGGCAACCCUGCAAUGGCCCCAUCCUUUGUCUGUCCAGAAGCAGACAGGAUGUAGAACAGCAUAUUCAAAAUCAAUUGAUGUCAUGAUGCGUUCUUUUAAAGAUAUUUGUAUCUUCAGUUGAGAUUUCUUGAUUCAGCUUGGUGCCAUUGAAGAUGGAAGAAGUAGAUUUUGAUUGCAGUGGUCCAAAUUACCGUCUCAAGUUAUUGAUGGAAGUGUGACCAUUGCAUUGAUGGGGUCCUCAGAUUGAGUUGAGAGUGUCAGCAAGCUUGUGCUUGGAUAUCUAAUGUAAGGCACUAUGGCCUUCUCAUUUGAUUAAUUCUUUUAAUUGAUAAUAGGCAGAAAAAAUUUGGAGUGCCUUUAUUUCUCCAAGAGCUUGUGACUGUAAUUUUUGACUUAAUUAUCACCUGUAUACUAUAUUAACUCAUGUUUUCAAUGGAAGAUGUUUAAUUAAUUUGGAAUAUCAUGUCAA